AUGAUGGUCUCUGACGAAGAGAAACGAUGGAUUGUUGUGGGAAUUGCUAUGAACAAAGUUGUUGCUCCUGUUUUGCGAGAUACUGUCAAACAAGGAAUGGACAACAACUUUACAGAUCUGGACAGACACUGCCAACAUCUGACCCCACCGUGUACCCUAAGGACAUUAAUUUAUGGUGUUGUCCGAACAGAUCUUUUCUUUAGCAGCCUGAAAUUUCAAAAUAUUAACACCAAUGAACUUGUGCAUGGUAUACGAAACUACAACUUCAACAUUAACAACUCCGUAGAUUUGGCUAAGUUGUACCUACCCGGGUAUCUUGCUCAGUUCUCAGCUUUUGAUGAGUCGCUGGACAUGACUGCCAUCCUUCGGCUUCUAGGAUUCAAAAACUACAUGCCUAUACCUAUGUUCUCCCCACACACCCAGGCUUCAGCUGAUGAUGUCAGAGAAAAUGUGAGAAACAAAUGGGGCCACGUGGAUGUAACUGAGUGGACAAAUGCUCUGUUCAAUGAUUGCUUUGUCAAGCUGGAAACACUGGUGAGGAGUCUAGGCUUAACACCAGUUGUGGAAAGGAAAGUACUGAAUGAGCUUGCUGAUUGGCAAACAAAAGGUAAUUACUGGCUGAAAAAAAUGGUAGACAAGUUCAUUAUAUAGGUAUAGAAUGCGGCGGAGUUAACCCAGAAUAAAUGUUGAAAAGAACCAAAAAUCUCCUAGUCAAAAAAUGUUGAUAACUCGUCUCAUUAUAGUUGCGUUAUUUUAUUCAAAGCCAUGUCUACUCCUGAUGCAGAUGAAGGAACAGAAAUAGAGUCCUCAAAAUGUUAUAAGGGAGUUCUGUCGAGGGUCUACAACAGGUUCAAAGAGAUUGUAUAGCAGGAAGUUCCAAAAGAGAACCAGAUGGAGCAUCGAAUCAAAUUACAAAUGUUCAGCGUCGAACAAAUUUUUGGCGUACAUACGGGUUAAACUUACUGAUAUUUUGUUUGCACUUGCGCUUCAGCAUAACAUCCUCUUAUAUCUCUAAAAUUUUUCUUCAAAAUCAAGACAAUGUUAUGCAUGGUUAUAGUUGUUACCCCAGACGACUCUUAAUUUUCGAUCUUAAUUUUCUGCAGGUUGUCAGUUGAUCAUGGGACAUGCUGUAGACAAAGAUCUUCUCCAUUUGGUACAAGAUGAAGUGAGAGAUCUUAUAAAGGACUACCAAACCAUCGAGUUACAAGUGAAUCUGCAGAACAAACAGAUUGAUAAGGCUGAAGAAGAUGUUUCCAUCCUUAAAGAUCAGUUUUCAAGUCAAGAAGCCAGUUUUCUAAGCACCAUGGAAAAGAAGCUACAAGAAGUUGUAAAGAAUAGAAGUGAAGAAAUCGGACAGGUUUUGGAAAGACUGUUGUCAUUCGAAGCACAGUUAUCCAUGCGACUUGAGUUGGUAGAAGUAGGGCUUGCUAAGACAGUCGAUAAUCUAGAACAACUGGAGCAAAGGCAAACCAAGACAGAUGACAGAGUAGAACAAUUGGAACAACGCCAAACCAAGACAGUUGAACGAGUAGAACAAUUAGAACAAAGCCAAACCAAGACAGAUGACAGAGUAGAACAAUUAGAGCAAAGCCAAACCAAAACAAAUGAAAGGGCAGAACAUAUAGAGCAAAUCCAAACUAAGACAGAUGAUAGAAUAGAACAAAUUGAGCAAAGACAGUGCAAGACAGUUGACAGAGUAGAACAACUGGAGCAAAGCCAAACCAAGACUGAUGAUAGAGUAGAACAAGUGGAACAAAUCCAUACCAAGACAGCUGAUCGAGUAGAGCAACUGGAGCAAAGCCAGGCCAGGGCAGGUGAUAGACUAGAAGAACUGGAACAAAGGUGUGACCAAGUGGAGCAAAUUGAGGCAGAAGUGAAAUGUUUAAAAACAAACAAUAGCAAAUUAGGUAAGCUUAGUUUGAGAUCAAAUUAUUGGCCAAGUGUUUUUAAGUCAUUUCUUUUUUAGCUACAAGGUGGUUAUGGCCAGUGGGCUAGUAUGUUGAGUUUCCUGAGCAGUAGGUCCCAUGUUAAGGGUCCGUGGAGAAUGCACUGGCCAAAAUGCACUUAUACCUACAAGUGGCUAUGAACAAGGACGAGACUCACGAGGCUUUUGUUGGUUUGAUACCCGCAUGCAAGGCUUAAAUGUUUGUAGAUGUAACCAUUAGUAAACGAAAAGAGACAGUAAACUUGGUCGUGUGGUACAAAGUGACUUUUGCCGUUUGCCGUGAACGUAACUCCGUCUAAAUCUGUCUAUUAUAUAAAUCUUGUCAAUUGAUCGCUAGAUAUUAUGAAUAUAGCAAAAGCUGCUCGCCAGCUCGGCUGUUUAUGGUUUAUCAGAUCGGCUUUUUCAAUCACAUGCUAUUUCUCAGUGCUUUUUAAGAACAGAUUAUGAAAUUUUAGUUUACCAUAAUAUUUCUAUCUUUUUUUUUGUCCUCAGAGGCUUCUCCUGUAAAGCCUUUCCAUCUUAACAUCUGUCGACGCAAACUGCAAGAUCAUUACCAAAGAACAGCAUCUGUGCCCACCUCUGUCUGGAGUAAGAAAUCCGUUGUUGACAUUCGCGAGAUUUACACUCGACUAUCCUUGGUGAAGGAGAAGCAAACCCCAGCUGGGAGAAGGCACUUUGAGUUAAACCUUUACAGUGAUCUUUUCCCUGAAGACACUGAUCUCGGUAUCAUUCCAAAACGAAUACUUGUGCAAGGGAAGACGGGAAUCGGAAAGAGCACGUUUGUCAAAAAGUUGCUUGUGGACUGGGUGGAUGUCCAGAAGAAGACAAGUGAUGAAAAAACAGCUGUCCUGAAGAAUUUUGAACUUGUGGUUGCAGUGAAUCUCAAAGAAGUGUCCAAAUGUCAAAGUUUUAGGGAUGUAAUAAGACUCUCUGGUGUUUUUGCGAAGGAAGACGAAUAUAUGACAGAAGGCCUUGUCGAUUACAUCACUAACAACCAAGAGAAAGUUCUUUUGAUCUUCGACGGCUACGACGAAUACCGAUGUGGACGCAACUCAGAAAUCUACGACAUUUUCAUGGGAAAUAGCUUGAGAGAGUGCUGUGUAUUAAUAACAACUCGUAUUUCAAAAGCUGACGAGUUGAGUGGAAGUGAAGACUUGAGUGUUGAAAUCACAGGGUUUCAAGGACCUGACAGGAGAGACUUUAUGGCGAGAUUUUUCCGAGAAAAGGAAGUGUUUAAACUGGAGAAUAUUUUACACGAGAGAAAACUUCUUGAACUGGCGAAAGUCCCUCUACUUCUCCUAUUUUUCUGUACCCUCUGGAAGGAGGGGCAACUAAAGCAAUUUCCAGAAACUAAAACUAAAUUGUACAUGGGUAUUAUUCAGUUUAUUCUAAAUCACAGCCAUAGAAAGCAAUCGCCACCCCAGUAUGUUGAAGUACAAUCUUUCGAGGCGGUCCUCUCAGAGAUAGGAAAGAUCGCUUUACAAUGUCUUUUGAAAGAUGAUCAUUUGUUUGAGUAUAAUCAGUUGUCCGAUACUGCCAAUUGUGAAGAAGGCGUCUUCAUCGGUUUACUACAAAUGACCGAAUAUUCUGAAUCCCUACGGCCUGUUGGAAUGGUGUCCUUUAUACACAAGAGCAUACAGGAGUUUCUGGCCGCAUGGUACAUCACUUUCAGAUGUAUACCAGAAAGCGGGAAUCUCGAAAGUGAAAUUGGAGUAAAGUUGGAGGAUUGCUUAGCCUUGGAAAAUGUAUUCCAGUUCAUAUGUGGCUUGAGUGAGGAAGGAGCACAGACGGCCUUGAGCCAUUUUAAGUCCGUCAGACUCUCCGAUCCUUCGCUGGAUUUAUCGAAGGCAAUACCCGAAGAGGAAAACAAGACAGGUGUACCUCUAAGUGACGUCACUGAACGUCAAAGAAAGUUCAACGACUUAGUUUUAGACUCAUUUGAAGAGGUUGAAGCAAAAGCUAAGUUGUCAAAGACUUGUCUUGAUUGCCUUGGAGGGAUCCUUUUUGUUUCAAGGCCAGUUCCAGUUGACCUUCUGCCAAACGAACGGGAUGUAAACCCUUGUUCUAUAGUUAUUGAAAAAGGUUUCUGGUAUUUUGUGAAUGCAAAAUCUGGGGUCUCAAGAGUGGGUAAGCCCCCUAGAGUACUUAGACGCGUCCGCCCCCGUUGGCUAACUAGAAUCAUAUUUGGUGAAUUUUCAACAAAGUUCCAGAAUGCUAACUGUAUUGUCUCACGUAAUGCUCCUUGUCAGUAUGGCUCAGUACUUUGUUUCCGAAAUGACCAAGUCCACUUUUACAUCACACACUUAGAGCUGCGGUGCGAAAACCACGCCAGGCUAUUCACUGAUAUUGCGGUUUCAUCUGAUUCAACAUAUUUAAGUUCAGUGCAUUCAUGCAUGCAAUUCCUAAUAUCCUUAUAUUGUAAACGACUGGAAGGUAAUUUAACGCUAGGACUCGCUGCGGUCAUCAAACACUGUAAUCAUUUGAAACGCGUUGAAGUUUCUUACAGUGAUGACUCUUUAUGUCAACUCCUGGUGCAAGUACCAAAUCCUGGCAGGUGCUCUUUGUCAAUCGAGUCAUGUUGGUUAUCAUCAGCUGGAGCGGUAAACCUUGCAUCUUUGUUACUGAGGUUUGGAAACGUCAACCUCGUUGACCUUCAACUGGGUGAAUGCUCCGAUGAUGCAGUAGAAAGAUUGUGUGAUGCCUUAAUCAACCUGAAGUCUCUGAAGAACCUGAAACUGAGUAGCAUUAGCCUAACGUCAGCAGUAGCAGCGGCGCUAGGUCAGUCGCUGCCUGAAUUGUCAGCCUUACAAUUACUGGAAAUAAAGGGCUCUUUAAAAGGACACAGUUUGCAACACAAGGCCGAAAUGGAGACACUGUUUCAUAGCUUUAACAGGCCAUCUGGCUUGAAGUUUUUAACGAUCGUCCGUUUCAACGUGAGAGGAAGUCUUGCUCAUCUCACCAAAAAAUUUUGCUUCUUUCCAUUGUUAGAAGAGUUACAUCUUGAAGACUUGGACAUGGGGGAAACUGACUUAUUUAGUCUCCUCGAGAAUAUGAAAUUCAUCCCUGAACUGCGACGGCUGAGCCUGAUAGGUAACCCACUUGGUCAUGCAGUAAGACAGAUAGUCCCACAUUUACUAAAACUAAAAAGCCUGCGACGUGUUUUCUUCGAACCAGGAACUGAUUGUUCGAAAGAAGAUUUGGAUUAUGUUCGGGAGGCCGUGAAAGGAAAAGUACCUAAGCUGGAAAUUUCCUAUGACAAUUGUCCAUAUUUCGACCUUUCCUCUGACAGCGACUGGGACAUAUAUAUCGGAGUAACUGCACAAAGCAAUCAUUAA